ACCACCUUCAAGUUGUACUCAAGUUUAUAAAGAACCCAUGUCAAAGUAUUGUGGUUAAGUUAAAUCCAAUUUAUUAACCUACCUCUGAGAUGAAGUACAGUCUCUGUUAAUUUGAGUUUCCAUGAAACCGCGAUAAACAGGUCUUUCCUAAGAAGACUGAAGUGACACCUCCUCCGUCUAGACCUGAGAGAGAAACUCCCACUCACACAGUCAGACACAUAAAUGUGCUCUCUGUCGGAGAAGUGGUGCUGUUGCUGAACUGAAGCUGUGAAUUCAUUCAAAGUGUUUUUACGUACACAAGGAGAUUAAACAACAGAAGAAGCAGUCAGACAAACAUAAUGGAAAUCAUUCAAUCAGUUACUAUGACAACAAUGAGUAGUGUGGAGUCCACAACCAUUAAUCUGUUCCUGGACUCUGAGUUUCGUUAUGUGCUCAUCCCAGUCUCCUACAUCAUCUUCUUCAUCCUGGGCUUGAUCUCUAACCUCUACGUGCUUGUCCUGCGCUGCCUUCAUCAAGCCAAGGCCAUGGGAGAAAUCCACAUCUACAUGACCAACUUAACUAUCGCUGAUCUUCUGUUUGUGUGUGCUCUUCCCUUUUGGAUUGACUACUAUAUGCGUGAGGGAGACUGGGUUUAUGGAGAUUUCAUGUGCCGGGUGACAGACCUUCUUUUCAUCAACACCUACGGCACCAUCCUGUUCCUUGCAGCCAUCAGCAUCAACAGAUACUGGGCGGUGACUCGGCCUCUGGACGCAGCCUCGUCGGACCACAGAAUUCGUGGAAUUAUUGUUUGUAUUUGUAUCUGGGCGUUUAUUGUGGCGAUGUCUGUUCCUUUUCUGGUGAGUCCAGGAUCAACGUGCACCAAAAACAACACUGACAUACGUCGCUGUUUUGAGGGAUACCAGGGUGGAACUAAUGACAAGAAGAAAAAAGUGGUUGUAACUCAUUUUUUAAUAAUUGGAUUUUUUGUUGUCUUUUUACUCAUUGUGAUGUGCAAUAUCCUUAUUGCUCGAAGUUUAAUUUUAAAAACCUCCUCAGUCGGAAAGUCAGUCUUCAGGAACACAGUCUAAAAACCCAAUUUAACGUCAACGUUUAAACGACCCACAGGGGUAAAACGGAGGGCUCUCCAGAUGUUGCUGGCAGUGGUGGGAGUGUUUGUUCUGUGUUUCCUGCCACACCACGUAGUUCAAGGCCCCUGGGUUCUGGCAGUGCUGGAGAUCGAAGACGGCUUUGGCCACGUGAAUUACAACGAGACCACUCGUCAGUUGCUGAGCGACGCUCAUCAGAUCACCCUGGUUCUUAUGGGCCUCAACUGCAUUUUGGAUCCUGUAGUUUAUUAUUUUGCCACAGGGAAGUUUAGAGGACUCAUCAAGGCCCGCAUUAAAAAUUAAUCCCAUGCACCCAAACUCAGAGCUACCACUUAAACCAGCCUGCAUCACCUGUUUGGACUCUGGGAGGAAAUCAGAGGCCUCAUAUCAAAGCCACAAAGGCCGGGAGGCAGGAUCAAACUCCUCACACUGA